AUGACUGACGGCGCCGCGACGCAGUACGGAUUCCCGCAGUACGACGCGCCCGCGCGCGCGGCGUCGCGACAGCUCGGGUUCAAGGUUGGGAAAGAACACGAGACGGUGGCGCUGACGCGCGGCCGCGACGGCGCCGACGCGUACGAGGCGAUCGCGAACACGGCGUAUCUGAAGCAAGCCGCGGCGAACGCGAUGAAAUACGGGUGGGAGAAAUCGAAACAAACCCCGGGGGUGCGAAAGUACAUGAAGUAG